GCUGCCGCGGGCGAUGGCGCUGCCGCCGCUCCCGUCCCUGCCCCUGUCCCUGCCCGCAGCCGCGUUGGCGCUGGCGGCCCUCGCCGCCUUCCUCCUCGUCCUGAUUUGUGUAAUCGCUCAUGUGACUGCCAAAACAAUGCCCCACGAAGAUGCUGAGUGCAGGAAAGGAUCUGCACCAAAUUUACAUGAUCCUGCUACAAGAGAACUCUCUGUCGUUGUGCCUUCAUACAAUGAGGAAAACCGGUUACCACUUAUGAUGGAUGAAGCUUUGGAUUAUCUAGAAAAAAGACAGAAACAAGAUCCUUCAUUCACUUAUGAAGUGAUAGUGGUUAAUGAUGGUAGUAAAGAUCAAACUGCAAAGGUUGCAAAGGAGUACUGCAAGAAAUAUGGAAGUGACAAAGUGCGAGUGAUAUCUUUGGAAAAAAAUCGAGGGAAAGGGGGAGCAGUCAGGACGGGUGUCUUUAGUUCUCGGGGGAAAACAAUUCUUAUGGCUGACGCAGAUGGAGCUACAAAAUUUGCAGAUAUUGAAAAAGUAGAAGAAGGUCUGAAGAAUCUCCAGCCAUGGCCUGAAGGGAUGGCUAUUUCCUGUGGUUCUAGAGCUCAUCUGGAGAAGGACUCAAUAGCAAAGCGUUCUUACUUUCGAACUCUCCUGAUGUAUGGGUUCCACUUCCUGGUGUGGUUUCUCUGUGUCAAAGAGAUCCGGGACACACAGUGUGGAUUUAAACUUCUUACCAGACAAGCUGCCUUGCAGACUUUCUCAAAUCUUCACAUAGAACGCUGGGCAUUUGAUGUGGAACUUCUUUAUAUAGCCCAGCGCUUGAAAAUACCUAUAGCAGAAGUGGCUGUCAACUGGACUGAAAUAGAAGGUUCUAAGUUAGUUCCCUUUUGGAGCUGGCUGCAGAUGGGCAGGGAUCUUCUUUUUAUACGACUGCGAUAUAUGACUGGUGCCUGGAAGCUUGAAGCAAAAAAAUGUAAUUAGGUUAUUUACAUUUUCCAAAUAUAUUAUUAUGCUUAAUGGAACACAAGAACAGUUUCAAUCAAGUGAAGUCGUGGUGAAAGCUGAGGUAAUUCUUCAUUGCUCCUCUGUAUGUUUCAUUUUUGCAGCAUGUAUGUGUUUUAUAAGAUUGUCAGUGGAGAAUUUCUACAUUUUGAGAAAAGAAAGCAUUUCCAAAAAGAUUUUCUUACAUAGUAAUCAGGUUUUUAUUUUAUUAAAUAGCAGCUUUAACAUUGCUUAUAAAUUCAUUCAAAUAAAUAUAUCUGUUUUUGUCUCAUCAUCCAUCUGGAAUCUCCUUAUAAAAAGAGGCACUCUGUUCGACAUUGUGCAAUGUUCUGUUGUGAAUGACCACAGCCAUUUGUUUCUAUUAUAUCUGGAAUUGUUAGGACAUAUUGCAACUUGGAAUUAUCAUUCAUGGUUCAUGCUGAUGCAUGUUUAGAUUCAACGUUAUGGGAAACAUUAAUGGAUUUUACUGAGUUCUAGCAGUAAUGUUCAUAAAGUUGUUCUCAGGACUUCCAUUAGUCCCUUGACAUUCCAAAUGUUUUUGUCUGAAGCUGAAAUAGUUUUCCUGAGAUCCAACUGCAGAUCUUUUCCAGACUGUAGAAGGUCCAAGAGAAAGCACAUUUAAUUUAAAAAUGUCUUCUAUAAAUGUGUUUUGCUCAUACGUACAUAGUAGUGCAUGCUCAAGGCUAGGAGUCCUUGACAUCUACAGAUCUGUAGUGAAAAGGGUAUGGGAAGCUCAGAGCAUGCAGAAGUGAGACCCAGUGUACACUGGGGACCUGUGUAUUAGUAAUGCCAGUCUGAUGUUGUCAUGCUUCAAAUGAGAUCAGAGGCAGAGGGAGGGUCUUGACUCUUUCAUACUAAUGUCACGCUGCAUUACAGUACAGUAACAGUUUCAUUUGUGCUUUCAAAGUAGCUGUGAAUUGCCAACAAUCUAAGCCAAUCUGUCUUCCUGAAACUUGUACAAAUUUGAAGAAUUUAAAAAAAUGAAUAGUAUGGUUGUACUUUCACAUAUAAAUUCACUGGUGAUUUUUCUUAUUCUUUCUGUAAUACUGACUUGAGUUUUGCCUUUGUUAGGGUUACCUCAGUUUUCUAUAAAGUGCUGGAAUAAAUUCUCAAAAAAUAUAUUCAGUUUGACUUCA